AUGAUGGAUCCUCUCAUCAAGAUGCGGAUGUCUCGACAAAGUAAGGCUCCACCUUCCUCCACAACAAGCACCACUGCUGUUCCUGGAGCUGUUGCCCAACAAGCUCAGCAGUAUUUAGAACAAAAUAUAAUGGCUUGGAUGCAACCGAAACCACAAGGGCAGCAAAUCUUGUCUUCGACAUUAUCGUCAUUUGUGACCACAGGAGCAUCAGGCACUCAGACGCCAAUGAGUCAGAAGGCGCUUCAAGAGCAUAAUCUGACGCAAGCGCAUGGAGGCUCUAAACAUCAACUACCCAUGAUGAGCCCAUACUCGCCUAUUGGCGGUGGUACUAGCAGUGGAAGUUACGCAUCGCCCAGUGUGGCUGGAACGUCCUGUAUGGGUAUGCCACCCAGUUGCUCAUCUAUACCACAUUCUCUAUCCUUUUCCGGGUAUUCGCACCAUUCCUUGCUGCAAGGGACUUCCUUCAGCUCACCAUGUCCAAGCACUUUUGGGACUGCCCAACCGUCAGCUGCUGCGUCGUUCUUUGCAAG